AUGGCGGCCCCGGGGCCCCGGCAGAGCAGCGGGGGCUGCCCGUGCCCGUGGCCGGCGGCGCGGCGGCGGCUCCCGGUGCUGCGCUGGCUCCCCCGAUACAGCCUGGCCUGGCUGCGGCUCGACCUGGUGGCGGGGCUCAGCGUGGGGCUCACGGUGGUGCCGCAGGCGCUCGCCUACGCCGAGGUGGCGGGGCUGCCGCCCGAGUACGGUCUCUACUCUUCCUUCAUGGGCUGCUUUGUCUACUGCUUCCUGGGCACCGCCAAGGACGUGACGCUGGGUCCCACGGCCAUCAUGUCGCUGCUUGUCUCCUCUUACGCGUUCCAUGAGCCUGUCUAUGCCAUCCUUCUCACCUUCCUCUCUGGCUGCAUCCAGCUGGCCAUGGGGCUCCUGCACCUCGGGUUUCUUCUGGACUUCAUUUCCUGCCCGGUCAUUAAAGGGUUUACAUCAGCUGCUUCCAUCACCAUUAGCUUCAACCAGAUCAAGAACAUCCUGGGGCUGCGGGGGAUCCCUCGGCAGUUUUUCCUGCAGGUGUUUGAGAUGCUGCGGAGGAUUGGGGAGACCAGGGUUGGGGAUGCUGUGCUGGGGCUGGCCUGCCUGGCUCUGCUGGCAGGGCUCCGGGCCAUGAAGAGCCGCCUGCCCCAAGCCACCCGUGUGGAGUCGCUGCCUGUCAGGGUCAGCUACCUCAUUGUCUGGACCACCACCACGGCACGCAACGCCGUCGUGGUCCUGUCUGCCGGCCUGGUUGCUUACUCCUUCCAGGUGAUGGGGUCCCAGCCAUUCACACUCACUGGCAGCAUCCCCCAGGGCCUCCCGGCAUUCCGGCUGCCACACUUCUCCAUGGUUACACCCAACGGCACCGUCCCCUUCCAGAGCAUGGUGGAGGACAUGGGGGUCGGGCUGGCCGUGGUGCCGCUCAUGGGCCUGCUGGAGACCAUUGCGAUUGCCAAGGCUUUUGCCUCGCAGAAUGAUUACAGGAUUGACCCCAACCAGGAGCUGCUGGCUAUGGGCUUUGCCAACAUCCUGGGCUCCUUCGUCUCAUCGUAUCCCAUCACGGGCAGCUUUGGCCGGACAGCGGUGAACGCGCAGUCGGGUGUCUGCACCCCCGCGGGAGGGCUCAUCACAGGUGCCCUGGUGCUGCUCUCGCUGGCGUACCUCACCUCGCUCUUCUACUACAUCCCCAAAGCGGCGCUGGCUGCUGUCAUCAUCUCAGCUGUGGUGCCCAUGUUUGAUGCUGGGAUCUUCAGGACGCUCUGGCGGGUUAAGAGGCUGGACCUUGUGCCCCUCUGCGUGACGUUCCUGCUCUGCUUCUGGGAGAUCCAGUAUGGCAUCAUGGCCGGGAUGCUGGUCUCAGGGAUUCUCCUGCUCUACUCCAUUGCCAGGCCCCCAAUAAAGGUGUCUGAGGUGUCAGAUGGGGACAUGCUCCUUGUGCAGCCGUGGAGCAGCCUGCACUUCCCUGCUGUUGAGUGCCUCCGGGAUGCUGUGUGCAGCCAUGCUCUCACAGCAUCUCCACCGCGCUCCGUUAUCCUGGACUGUUGUCACAUCAGCAGCAUUGAUUACACGGUGGUGGUGGGGCUGGCAGAGCUGCUGCAGGAGCUGCACAAGCACGGCCUCUCGCUGGCCUUCUGCAGGCUGCAGGACCCUGUUCUCCAAGUCCUGCUGUCUGCAGACUUAGAGGGAUUCCAGCAUUUCCCCAGCUGGGAGGAGGCAGAGCGGUGCGGAGGAGCAGAGCUGGGGGGCAGCAGGGCAGCCACCAGGUCCAGCGCCAGCACCAGCCAGAGCUCACUGCUGCCUGCGGGGCUCAUCCAGUGAGCGGUGACACCGACACCCCAGUGACAUCCAACCACCAUCCUGCACUGUCCCAGAGGUCCCACUGGUCCCACACUGGCUGCCGGGGCUCGGGUACCUAUAGGGCAGACAAUCUAUGGAAAGGAUUAGUGAGGGAAAACCAUUCCCUAUCCCAGUCAUUGGGAAAAGCCAUCCUUCCUCCAGGCCUUUCCCCAUCCUCAAAGCUGCCAUCUUUUAAAUCAGCUGUUUUAAUUCUGGAGACUUUUCUUAUUCUGGGAUAUUCUAUGAUUCAAUGAUUCAAACACUGAACUGUGAUGCACAGCGUGCUCGUGGCAAUGCGAGCUCCAAGGGUGCUGGUGCUGCCCUCCAGUCCCGUGGGCGUGCUGCGGUUCUCACCCUCCUCUGCUGGGAGAUGAAAACCAGCACUGAUUCUGUUCCUUACUGAUCCCUCUGGGUUUGUGGGACAUUCUGACAAAUGCUGCACGGGCCAGGGCUCUGCUGCCCCUCUGGGUGCAGCCCGACCCCAGCUUGUGUUUGCCUGGCUAUAAAAUGCGUGUAUAAAGCACUUAGUGCCAGCAGGCAGCAGGGCUGGGGCAGGAUGCAGGGAGGGCAGUAUUCCCGACUGCCCUUGGUUGGCACCCCUGAAGGAAGGUGCAAUA